CAAACGUUUACUCUCCCAAAUCUAGAACCCCUCGGCAGUAUCAGAAGGAAGAAAAAGCAAGAAAAAAAAAUGGCUGCUUUACUCGAUAUUCCUUCAUCUAAGAGGUGGCUUCCUCUUGAAGCUAACCCUGAUGUUAUGAACCAGUUCCUUUGGGGUCUUGGUCUUCCAGAGGAUGAGGCAGAGUGCUUUGAUGUUUAUGGCUUGGAUCCAGAACUCUUGGAAAUGGUUCCAAAGCCUGUACUUGCAGUUCUGUUUCUUUAUCCUAUAACAUCACAGAGUGAAGAAGAGAGACUUCUGCAGGCAAAUGAAAAGAAGGAAACUAGCAGUAAAGCGUAUUUUAUGAAACAAACUGUGGGUAAUGCUUGUGGAACAAUUGGACUUCUUCAUGCUGUUGGGAACAUCACAUCCGAGAUUAAGCUUCUCGAGGGAUCAUUCAUGGAUAGAUUUCUUAAAACCACUGCAACAAUGGAUCCAUUGGAGCGUGCAGCAUUUCUAGAGAAUGACACAGAAAUGGAAGUUGCGCAUUCAGUAGCUGCUACUGCUGGUGAAACAGAGGCUUCAGAUAAUGCGGACGCUCAUUUCAUCUGCUUUGCAUGUGUCGAUGGUGAACUAUUUGAGCUCGAUGGAAGAAAAUCUAGACCAAUAUCUCAUGGCCCAUCCUCGCCUAGCAGUUUGUUGCAGGAUGCAGCUAAAGUCAUACAGGACAUGAUCCGAAAAAAUCCUGACUCACACAAUUUCAAUGUGAUUGCCAUUUCGAAGAAAGCUGGAGGUUCAUCUUAAGGUUGGCAGUUUGAAAUCACGCAAGCCACAAAGCAUGGUCGAAAUGUUGACAAUAUGUCACCCUCAAAGCAGUUAAUGGACAUGUUAAAACCCUCACUACAGUCCUCUAUUUGUGUGCAGAUGUACAAGAAACCUGGCAUGAGCUCAUGGUUCUGUUGCCAUGCUAAACAUGUUCAUUCCAGUUCUGUUGCCGAGAGAAUUUGGAAAUUGUGUUAAUUUCAUGUGAUGCAAUCUAUCUCAAGUGUUGUCGUGAAUCCUUUGGUGCAGUUAUUUGACUGUCUGAUUAUUGUUUCA